GGUUCCGGCGUUGAAGGGAGAGCUCGCCACGGUCACGCUCGCCUACUCGAUACCGACGCAAGGGGAAGGAAUCUCACGCGGCGCUGACCGAGUACAGAAGCGCCGGUGAUGUGCAAAGGUGUAGACCAGACAGCCGCGCGUGUGUGCUGUGUGCUGCCUGACUGACUGGCUGGCCGAUGAGAUUGUGCUGCAGUAAUCAAGUUAGAGACCUGUGCUGCAAAACGCCUCCCUCUGGUAUGAUUUGAAAAAGAAAGCAAUAUAAAGCAGUAAAAAGAAAGGAUAAAAAAGAAAGACGAGAAAGAAUGAUCAAAACCAAUAAUUCGAAAAGAGAAAUAAACAGACGAAACAUCAUAUGAUAUAACUAAACCAUAAAAAAGAGAAAGAAAGGGAGAGAGAGAGAGAGAUAGGGAGAGAGAGAGAGAGAAAGAGGACGAGAGGACGAGAGGGAGAGAGAGAGAGAGAGAGAAGACGAGAGGGAGAGAAAAGAAAAAUUACAACCCUCACCCUAACCAAAAAAAAAAAAAAAAAAGGAAAACGCACACGCACACACUCACACACACACAUACACACAAGUGCAGAAUUUUAUGUCUCGCUGUGACUGAAACAAAACGUCAAAAAAGGGGCGAAAAAAACCACAUCCACUCGAGUGAGAGGAUCGCACGUCCCUUGGCACCGGCGUGGCAUGGCAGCGGCAGGGAGAGUGAGGUGGUGAGGCGUGUCAGGGAGAGAAGGGAGUGCGUCAGGCUCCGGCAAGGGGGAAGAAUGCCAUUGUAAGACGGAACACACUCGCUCAAAGAAGCCGCCGGAAUGGGCUGCAGAUACGUGGGUCAAACGUUGCUUCUCUUCCUGCUGGGUGUAUCAUUAGCAGCAGUGAAUCCGCCCACGCCAACCGAGGACGUUGGACGGGAAGUGAGGGAGGCAACAUACUCCCCAACGGCAAUCUCAGAGGACCACCACCAGUAUCUCCUCCCCCACUACUCCGUCUCCUCCUCCCCGACUUCCGCGGACCAGGAGAUGGUUGUGGAGGCAGCGGUGAAGGAGGAGGACAGCUUGGCGGUGGAGGAGGACGAAUUCUGGGCUCCUGUGACCACCAGCACCUCGGCUCAGAACAAUAGUGUUGCAAACCUCACAGCACAGCUCGGAGGCUCCGUUUUCCUGCCUUGCAAGACACACCACUCCCUCGAGAGACAGACGGAUUCCUUCACCCUGCCCCGGCCUAACCCUAGCAGGCCACACUCAGCUCUCCACACCUCCGUUCCCCCGCACCUCCUGCCCCAGCUCCUGCCGCAGGUGUCGUGGGUCAGACGGCGGGACUGGCACAUCCUAACCUCGGGCACUCUGACCUACACGAAGGAGGAGCGAUUCAGCAUUCACCAUCCCGAGGGAAGCAACGAGUGGACCCUAGCCAUUAAGUAUGUGGAACUCGCAGACGCAGGAAUGUACGAAUGCCAGAUAGUGACAGGAGGAGGCGUCGUGUCCCACCUGGUGAACCUAGUCGUCUUGGUGCCCCGCGCAGUGAUACCUGGCGACGGGGAGCACCAUGUAGAGUCCGGAUCCACUCUUUCUCUCACCUGCUUCAUUGAACAGAGCGCUGCGGAGCCACAGUACAUCUUUUGGUACCAGAAUUCUCGUAUGAUAAACUACGACCGUGAGAGAGGAGGCAUAAAGGUGCGCAUCGAGACGAAGAACGACAGCAGGGUCAUCUCGCAUCUCACCAUCGUGGACGCUCAGCCCUCAGACUCCGGCAACUACACCUGUGCCGCUGCCAACACCAAACUCGCGUCCAUAGUGGUGUACGUUACGGAAGCUAACAAGAUCGCAGCCAUCCAACCACGCGCCGUCGACCACUCCGUCAGUCUCCAGGCCGCUCCCCUCCUUGUGGCAGCCUUGGCGAGCCUCAACACACUCCUGCUACGCCACUGAAACUCGCGAAACGUCCCUGCUCCUCACCCCGCCCCAACCCUGCCGUGUGUGUGUGUGUGUGUGUGUGUGUGUGUGUGUGUGUGUGUGUGUGUGUGUGUGUGUGUGUGUGUGUGUGUGUGUGUGUGUGUGUGUGUGUGUGUGUGUGUGUGUGUGUGUGUGUGUGUGUGUGUGUGUGUGUGUGUGUGUGUGUGCGGUUGGAUUACGGUUCCCUCACGAGUCUAAACGUACAGAAGGCUCCGCAGGGAACGAUUAACUACACACCACAGACAUUAUCGUGACCUCCUCCUCCUCCGCCUCCUUCUCCUUCUCCUCUUACUCCUCCUCCACCACCUCCUCCACCUCCUCCUCCUCCUCCUCCCAGGUAAUACUCACCCUUCCACCCAAGAAAAAAAUUAACCUUGCCUUCCGUAGCAUUGUUUUACUUUGCUCUUGCAGUUCCUUCAAGCGCACAGGUAGGAGUGUAAACAUUAAAUGGGGGAGGAAGUUCUGUAAUUCUUUUCUCCUCCUCCUUCCUUUCUACUUCCAUCC